GUAGCGGUGAUUCAGAAGCGACAUAUUGCGAUGACUGUGGUCAAUACGGAAAUCUAUCUCCCUGGUAUUGUGCCUUAUACUCUGGCUACUGCAUUUGCGCCAAGUGAUGCGCUCGAGGUCAAUGGCCCCCAAAGCAAACGUCGGAGGUUGAACACCGUAGUUCAUAGCCUGAGGGAGCUGAACGGCUUGUCCAAUUCACAGAUCCCUCUAGGCUAUGUGCCAUUGGCCCGUUUGCACUUAUAUUUGGAAUUUGAAAGGGAAAAUUUGGAUAUUGAAGCAUCCGGCGACUCAGCCGAAACACCUACAAGCUUGCCCAUCUUUAUUCAGACGGCUAGAAACCUUCGAACUCCGCACAGUGUAUCUGGUCUACACCAGGCACCAUGUGAUUGCUUCGAGUUGGAGCUUGCUAUCGCAUCAGAACCAAAUGUUAUCUUUGGAGAUCGUAUAGAUCAGCUGAAAUUGACUGAUAUUGGCGAGCACCUGGAGCUUGCUCGGAAUCUUGUUUGCGCCGACCGAUAUUCCAGAAAACAGCCCCCUGUCUGUUAUCAGUCGACUCUUUACCGGUUAUCCGAUAAGAAGAGGUUUCGGCUUGAAACCGUGAUACUAUGGAAGGACUCAUUAGAUAUUUUGGAUCCUAAAAACCCAUCACUAUCCAGAGUAUUCUCUAAAUACAUUUUGCAAGAACCAGACGGCCAUAGCACUCAUGAGGGGAAACGUCAGCGACAAGGGAACGGGCUUGGCUGGUCUCCCCGCGACUUUUAUGACAACGUGUACGUGCCGCCGGACACGCCAGCGUCAUCCUCGGAAAUCAAAUGCGACCUGAUCGAUUGUCAACUUUUCCCGUUUCAAAGAAGAGCAGUUAGGUGGCUUUUGGAGAGGGAGGGUAUGGCACUGCAGCAGAACGGACAGGUGGUGCCCAUCCAAAACCAUUCGCAGGAUCAGCUACCAGAAUCUUUCGAGAGAAUUAUUGAUGCAGACGGGAGAUUGUGCUUUGCCAGCCAUCUAUUUAUGAUAGUCACCAGUGACUUAUCAAAUUGGUUCGAUGCGAAUGUCCACCUCAAGGGUGGCAUACUUGCAGAGGAAAUGGGCCUAGGAAAGACAGUUGAGAUGAUCGGGCUGAUGUGUCUCAAUCGCCGUUUGCUGUCCCCUGAGGAAGCUUUUUCGGACAGCCUCUUAGAGAGUCUAAGGCCAUCGGGGGCUACGUUGAUCAUAACACCGCCUGCAAUUCUUGAGCAAUGGGAGCAUGAAAUCAUGACCCAUGCACCCGGCCUCAGUGUCUUUAACUACACUGGAAUCCAACGCCAUCAGACACUCUCUGAUCAAGAAUUGGUGGAGAUGAUUGCUGAUUACGAUGUAGUACUCACCACCUACAAUGUACUCGCACGGGAAAUACAUUAUUCUGGCGAUGCUCCGAAGAGAAACUUGCGACACGAGAAAAGAUUCGAGCCAAGAAAGACACCCCUUGUUCAAGUGUCUUGGUGGCGAGUCUGCCUCGAUGAAGCCCAGAUGAUUGAGAGCGGAGUCAGUAAUGCUGCCAAGGUUGCGCACUUGAUCCCUCGUCGAAAUGCCUGGGCUGUUACUGGAACGCCACUUCGCAAGGACAUCAAGGAUUUGCUUGGUCUACUACUGUUCCUCAAUUAUAAACCAUUUUACGGUUCCAUCUGGAACAGGCUGUGCGUCGAAUUUCGGCCUGUGCUAGCGCGCAUUGUUCACAGCAUUUCGCUUCGGCACAGCAAAGACCACGUCCGUAAUGAACUUCAUUUGCCGCCUCAGAAGAGAAUUGUCAUCACGAUUCCUUUCACUGCCGUCGAGGAACAAUAUUAUGGACAGUUGUACGAAGAAAUGUGUGAGGAAUGUGGCCUUGAUCUAUCGGGAGCACCGAUCAAUGAUGGUUGGAGCCCCGAGGACUCUGCAGUUAUCGAAAAGAUGCGAAGUUGGCUAGUCAGGCUUCGACAGACUUGUCUCCAUCCCGCAGGGAACCAACGUCGGGGGUUUGGUAUCGCGAAUGGGCCUCUGCGGUCCGUGGCUGAAGUUUUAGGAGUUAUGAUUGAUCAGAACGACGUUCUUAUUCAAACAGAGGAGCGCUCUCUCCUUCUUUCCCAGCUUCGGCGUGGGCAGCUUCUGGAAAACUCCAUGCACCGACGAAAGGCGCUUGAUCUUUGGAUGAGCUCAUUGGAACGUGCUGGUGAUAUCGUAAAGGAGUGUCGGGACCGGCUGCAUUCAGAACGGAUCAGCAAUCGGUCCACUUCCACCAAGGCCGAGCAUGGUACGAAUGCAGUCGACGCAAGCGACGAUGAGAGUGAAGAGAACGAGAAAAAUACCCGGGUUGGUACUUUCCGCCAGAGGCUACGAUCUGCUCUUGAGAUCCAGCAUAUUUGUGUGUUUUUCACGGGAAAUGCUUAUUACCAAAUCAAGACCGACCCGAAGCUUACUGAACCCAAUUCUGAAGAAUUCAAAUCUCUAGAAAAGCGUGAGGAAGAGGCGUAUGGAACGGCAAAAUCAAUUCGCAGGGAGAUGCUGCAGGAUAUUUCUGACAAAGUGGGCCGUUUCAUGAGAGAGAUCAGAGGGAAGUCUCAAAAGCACCAGUUCGUGGCUAUCUCCAAGAUGAGGCCUCAUCUCUACAACAAAGGAGUGGAGGCUCGUCGCGUGCUUGACAAGCUCGAAGACUUUUGCGAAGCUAUGAACAACCAUGCUCAUCAGUACAACGAGUGGCGCGAUGCUAUGGUGAAGUUAUUAUCGCAAUCACUCAUUGACCAGGAGGACGAGAAUGAGCUCGAAGGCGAUGAGUAUGAAAAAUCAACGAAGCAUCAGGACGAGAUGUAUGUUUACAUGGAAGCGUUGCGUGCAAUGUUCGCGGAUCGCCAUGAUGCUUUGACUGGCCAGAAGAACGUCCUAAUUGCCCACGAGGUCAAGAGUGGUAUAGUUCAGGCCCAAAAGGGGGAAGGCCCCUCCCCUACGCUUUUCCUGGAGUUGAUGGGUACUCGUAGUAACAUAAAGCCCGAUCCUCAACUGGGCUCACUCCGUGGCAUUAUCAGCGAGAUCCGCAGCCUAGCGACCUCUUUGGAGUGGCAAGCAGGUGGAGGGAGCUCCCGUGCCCAGGCUGAGCUUGAAGUUGUCUCGUUGAUCCUCCAGAAUUCCAGCCAGAUGGCUUCAGAACAGGCGAAAAUUGCAUCGAGCUUAGAGAGAGAAGUGGAAUUGUUCCGAGAUACGAUGAACUCUCGCCUCGAGUACUACCGCCAGCUGCAGCAGGUAUCCGACACAGUAGCCCCCUACGAUGAAGAGAGUGUCGGUAAACCUUUGGACGAGACAGCCUUUGAUGCGAAACUUCGACAGGAGGGCGUGACCGAAGAGAAAAUUUCGGCCUUGAGGGCGAAGCGUCGCUAUCUCAUUCAUUUACGGGAUGAAUCAGGCGCAGGUGACACCUCAAAAAUAUGUGUCAUAUGCCAAUCGAGCUUUGAAGUUGGUGUUUUAACGGUCUGCGGGCAUAAGUACUGCAAAGACUGCCUGCGCUUGUGGUGGCACCAACACCGAACUUGCCCAACAUGCAAGAAACGUUUGAAGGCUACUGAUGUUCACCAAAUUACAUACAAGCCGCAAGAGUUUGUUGUACAGGAGGAGAGAACACCGGCCAAGAUUGACACCGAUUCCUCGCCCAAGAAUUCGAUAUAUGCUGACAUUGGCUCGGGGACUCUCAAGGAGAUCAAAAACAUUGAUCUAAAUAGCUCUUUUGGAACUAAGAUUGAUACCCUAGCCCGUCACAUCCUAUGGCUUCGCGAGCAUGAUCCUGGCGCAAAGUCUGUGGUUUUCUCCCAGUACAAAAGCUUUCUGGACGUACUAGGCACUGCGUUCUCACGGUUUAAGAUUGGGUAUAGCAGCGUUGACAGCAAGGAUGGCAUACAACUAUUCAAAAGUGAUCCAUCGAUUGAGUGCUUCCUGCUACAUGCAAAAGCUCAUUCGUCGGGGCUCAAUCUGGUUAAUGCAACCCAUGUCUUCCUCUGCGAGCCCUUAAUCAACACAGCAAUUGAACUCCAAGCUAUUGCUCGAGUACAUCGAAUCGGUCAACAUCUCCCAACUACUGUUUGGAUGUACCUUGUCAAUGAUACCGUCGAGGAGUCCAUCUACGACCUUUCCGUUACACGUCGCCUAUCUCACAUUGCUCGUAAAGAAAGAGGAAAGACCCCCGAUGACGAAGAUCUAGCUACUAACUUGACCGAAGCGGCCAUUGACUCUGCUAAUUCUUUGGAAGUCCAGGACGCCGCCCUCGCAAAGCUAAUGGCGGGCGGUGCGUCCGGUGGGGAACUGGUCAAGAAGGAUGACCUAUGGCAAUGUCUGUUUGGACGCCCCAAUGAUAGAAAGGAAGUGAAUGGUCACUCAGCGGGUGCUGAACGAGAAGUAGCCAGAUUCUUGAGGGGAGAAGCAGCCGAGCAGCGGAGAAUAGACACAAGAGACUAGAGAGUCGAACAUUUGCAGGUAUGACUUUUGGGCUGAUUGAAGAUCGUGCAAUCUUGGUCAUUUGCUUGGAUUUGAGCAUAUGCUGGUAAUUUUGUUGGAAAAUAUAGUUGCAUUAAUCUUAUAAUAGGUCAUAAUACAUUAGUUGUUGUUCAGA